AAACAUCAGAUAUUUAUCACAAACAAGAAGCGUUCCAAGAACUAAAUGAAUCACCAGAUGAGAACAAUGAAAAUUUGACUAUAAGCUCUCAAAAUGGGUUAACAGAAGAGAAAGAAAUGGAAAAUGCUGCAGUUAAAAUCCAAGCAAACUUCCGCGGUCAUUUAAUUCGUAAGAAUCUUCAAACAUCAGAUAUUUAUCACAAACAAGAAGCGUUCCAAGAACUAAAUGAAUCACCAGACGAGAACAAUGAAAAUUUGACUAUAAGCUUUCAAAAUGAGUUAAUAGAAGACAAAGAAAUGGAAAACGCUGCAGUUAAAAUCCAAGCAAAUUUCCGCGGUCAUUUAGCUCGUAAACAUCUACAAUCCACGGGUAUUCAUCAGAAGCAAGACUCAUUCCAAGGAGUAAGUGAAUCACCUAGUGAACAUAAUAAAAAUUUGAUUAUAAGCUCUCUAGAUGGGUUAACAGAAGACAAAGAAAUGGAAAAUGCUGCAGUUAAAAUCCAGGCAAACUUCCGUGGUCAUUUAAUUCGUAAGAAUCUUCAAACAUCAGAUAUUUAUCACAAACAAGAAGCGUUCCAAGAAAUAAAUGAAUCACCUAGUGAGAACAAUGAAAAUUUGACUAUAAGCUCUCAAAAUGGGUUAAUAGAAGACAAAGAAAUGGAAAACGCUGCAGUUAAAAACCAAGCAAAUUUCCGCGGUCAUUUAGCUC